AUGGCAAAGGAUUGCACUCGUGGGAGGAACCUGAAUGCAGGUCAGAAUCAACACCAAAGGAGAGUGUUUGCUGUGAACGCCAAUGAUGCUGCCAAAGGGGACCUGUUGAUGAGAAGUAAAUGUUUAUUUGGUGAUAAAAUUUUAGUUGCAUUGUAUGAUACUAGAGAUUCACACUGUUUCAUUACAUUUGAUAAGAAUGAGGAUCUAGAAUUGAAAAUGUCAGAAUUAGCUUUUGAUUUGCAUGUGCAUACCCUGUACCAGACAGUUGUGACUAAAUUGGUUUGUAGGGAAGUAACCUUCAAGAUUGAGGAUAGAGAAUUUGUUCAUGAUUUAAUCUGUUUGCCAAUGAUUGGGUUGGAGAUGAUUUUGGGGUUUGAUUGGUUGUUAAAGAGUCGGGCUUUAUUGGAAUGCUUCAAGCGAUCAAUUUGGUUUUUUCCAGAAGGGGAAGGUGGAGAAAUAGUAGUUAAGGGUUAUUACCUGAACUCUGUGUUGGUGAACUGCAGUGGAGAAGAGUGUCAGGGUUAUAUAUUGUUGGUUGCGAAUACGUUAGGUGAUGAACAGAGGUUAGAUCAAAUUCCAGUAGUUAGGAAGUUUCCAGAAGUGUUCACAAAAGAUAUUAUCGAAUUCCCACCUCAAAAGGGAGAUUGA